AUGCGGUUUACAUCCCUUCUUUAUUUGGCUCUGCCAGUCCUCAGUGUCGCCCAGAGUGUCAACACAACGUUGACCACGACCACCACCUCCGCAGCACCUUCCGCGACCCCUGACUACGAAGCGAUCUGCGAGUCACAGGCUUCUGGCUAUGCAGAUGACUGCCCGCAGUGCCUUUACCGGUGCAUUGGAUCUGCCUAUGUCGAGCAAUGCUAUUAUAGCACAUUUUUCACUGUAAAUGGGAUCCAGGCACAGUGUGAGGCUCGCGGCGGUUGGAAUUGCAAGCAAACUGCUCUUGAUUCUGUCUGCUCUGGCUCAUAG